AUGUCAUUUAGACCCGCCAUGCUCAGAACAGCCCUCGGCCGCAGAGCCAACCCCGCCCUCAACCUCAAAGCACCCGUUCUCCGCCGCCGCUUUGCGACUGAAGGCGGCCCAGAAAUUCCUAAACCAUCUCCUCCCGGCGCUUCCGCCACCCCCUAUCUUCUCGCUGGUGUUGGUGCCGCUGCCCUCGGCGCCGCCUACUACUUCUACGGCACCAGCGGAACGCCCAAAGAAGCCGCCCGAACAGCUGACACUGCGGUCCGUAGCGCCGCAGCUACUGCCGAAGGCAAGACUGGCCUCAGACGAGGGCAGGAGGAAUACCAGAAGGUAUAUGACCACAUUGCAGACACUCUCGAGAAGGAGGGCUACGAUGAUGGAUCUCUCGCCCCUGUUCUCAUCCGUCUCGCUUGGCACGCUUCCGGGACCUACAACAAGGAAGAUGGUACUGGAGGCUCAAACUAUGCUACCAUGCGAUUUGAGCCUGAAGCCAAGCAUGGUGCGAACAACGGUCUUAACGUGGCUCGCGAACACUUGCAAAAGAUCAAAGAAGCGCACCCCUGGAUCUCUUACGGUGACCUGUGGACCCUUGCCGGUGUCGCUGCUAUCCAAGAGUGCGGCGGGCCCGUCAUCCCCUGGAGGCCAGGACGAAUCGAUGGGUUUGCUGCCCAGGUCACACCUGAUGGAAGGCUCCCCGACGCUUCCCAAGCUCAAGACCAUUUGAGGUCCAUAUUUUACCGCAUGGGUUUCAAUGACCAGGAGAUUGUUGCACUUAGCGGUGCCCACGCCAUGGGCCGCUGUCACACCGACCGAUCUGGAUUCGAUGGCCCUUGGACCUUCUCCCCCGUGACCUUCUCCAACCAGUACUUUGCCCUUCUCAAGGACGAGCCGUGGCUCUGGCGCAAGUGGUGCGGACCCGCCCAGUAUGAAGACAAGAAGACAAAGACACUCAUGAUGCUUCCAACCGACAUGGCGCUCGUCAAGGACAAGUCGUUCAAGAAGUGGGUCGACAUCUACGCCGAAGACGAGGAAAAGUUCUUCUCAGACUUCAGCAAGGCUUUCGGCACGCUUAUCGAGCUGGGUGUUCCCGAGAAGCAGUGGGCUGGGAAGCCGUGGACGAUGGGCAGCCAAUAG